UUUGGUAGAUGGGUGGGGCUGUAGAAAGUGACUUGUGUCACUUCCCUGGUUCGGCGUGUUGUUGUUGUUGGUGAUCGGGGAGAAUUAGAGAGGAGUUAUCGGCUGUGUGAGAUGUAAAUCCUGAGCGGGAGUCAUGUGUGCGGCCAGGAGGGAAGCAAUAAUUUCCAAAGUUUUGACAAGACUGUAUCCAGGACAUGUUUCUAGCCCUGCCAGUAUCGGACAACCAAAUGGCAAAUCUGAAAUCGUCACUCAGGUACAAAGAGCUGGAGAAUUACAUUCAGAGGUUGCACAGCCCCCAGCACUGUCGUCAACAGGUUUGGAGUCUGAAAGGAGCGAGGACAUUGGGCAAAAUGAAUGUAACAGGUCAGUUGACGGUGAGCUGAAUUUGGAAAACAGUAUUGUACCAGAGAACAAUGAAAAGGAGCUUAUGCAUCAUCAAAAGAUCUAUACUGUGAGUCUUCCUCCAGGUGACUAUGUACCAGGUCCUCAGAAUAACAAUGGAUCCUCGACCACAGAAAACUCAGACAUCCAUGAAGAUAUAGAAGAGAACCAGCCAGCGAAGAGGCGAAAAAGACGCAGGCAGCGGAAGAAAGAAAAUUCUGCAUCCCAUUCUGCCCCUGACAGCAGAAACCACCAGAAACCCACAGAGGAUCAAACUCUGAAAUCUGAAAGCUUGUUCAUCAAUAAAAAUAAAAAGAGGAAACUACAAAGAAGGAGGCAGAAAGAAAGGUUGAAAGCAGCUGGUCUUUGGCCAAAGAUGAAGACUGUAGAGUUAACAAAUCAGCCUGAGACAGGGAUGGUGGAUGCAGUGGAGCAGUCCAAUGCACAAAGUGAGGAGGAGCUGAAGAAAACAGAGGACUUGUUGGAUUUCCUGCAAGCAACUCAAGAGAUCUACUUCACUGAAUGCAAAUCACUAUGUGCAGAUUCUGUUCUGUCCACUGAACUGGUGCUGGAAAUAAUAAAUCAAAUCAAGAAUGGUGCAGUUCCUUUCUCUGAACUGUGCCUCUUACAUCAGCUCAAGAGUCUGCUUCUCCUACAGGAUAUUGAAAGAUUAAAAGAUUCAUUGGACAGCUUCAAAAAACAUUCCUCUAUGCCUGUUGAUCACAGACUGGCUCUGCAUUCUCUAUUUUGUUACUGGAUUUCAGACAUUUUACCAAUAAAGAUAACAGCUACAUCUUAAUGGGUAUCUACAUUUUAUGUCUUAAAAAAAUGAAUAAAAAGCUUUACAUGUAUACAACUUGUUUAGUUUAUUUAUAGCUAAUACAUAGUUCGGACUUGUGAAGAAAAAUAACAAAAAAGCUAGCUCAAAAUGCAGAAAACCUAAUAAUUUUUGUUGAAGUAAGGUUACUAAAAUAUUUUGAGAGGUUGCUGUGUGUAUCUAUAUUUUAUCCCAUUGACUUUGUAUGCCUUUGAAUAAACCUGCAAGUUUCAAUUUAUCCAAAGUUUUUCUAUUUUCGUUUUCAGACAGACACCAGUGGACUUAAUAACUUUCCACUUACCGUAAAUGCCUCAACUGCUUUGAUGGUGACACCUCUGCAUCUGAUUUUGCCUAUUCCUGUCAUUUAUUUUUAAUUAAACAAUUGACCAAUAA